AUGGAGGCCGCGGGUCCCAGCGAGGUGAAAAGCGGCAAACGGAAGACACAGCCAGGCCAAACGACCCCCAAUGCGAUAGAUAGAGAUACCCCGAAAGAUGAAGUCAUGGAUGAGGAAAGUGAGGAAGAGGAGGAAGAGGAUAAUGAUGAGGGAGAGGAAGAAGACGACGAUGUUGAAGAUGAGGAACCGCGACUCAAAUAUGCCCCAAUUACAUCAGUCCUAAGUCCGCUCUAUCGCAACAAGGAUGCCACCAGUACUUUCAUGACUGCUGGGAAUAAAAUGAUCAUUGGAACCCAUAACGGAAAUAUUCAUAUUUACUCCGUACCAUUCUUCCAGCGCCUCCGAGUUUAUCAUGCCCAUUCUGCCAGCAUCGACUCCAUCUCAGUUUCUCCCUUCCCACCGCCAGCACCUUCGAAAGCAGAUUUCACUCCCAUAGUACAGACUGCUGGAUCAGGUGCAUCUAUAUCUGAGAGCCCCAAUGGGUCCAAAAUCCAGCAGCAUAUCACAAUCCCACCAACCCCGUCAAACUCGAUAUAUAUUGCAACCUCUUCUAUGGAUGGGAAUGUUUGCGUUGCCUCGUUAGUUGACCCAAAAGACGUAACACUCCGGAACUUUGGAAGGCCAGUCAGUGCAGUUGCAUUAUCACCAGAUUAUAAAAGUGAUAGGACAUAUGUUUCGGGAGGAAAGUCUGGAAAUCUUGUUCUUACUAUCGGGGGUCGUGUUGGAGCAAGCUCAAAUGCAACACUGGGGAGCGCAAGCCCCGCAGGCUGGUUCGGCUCUCUAGGUCUUGGAGGGAACAAUGGAAAAGACAGAGUACUGCACAGUGGAGAGGGAGCUAUUAGUUGCAUAAAAUGGUCAAGAUCUGGCAAAUACGUUGCUUGGGUGAAUGAAGAGGGUAUUAAAAUAAUGCGCUCACAUUUACACUUGGAACAGACAGAGGCGGAACAUGCCUGGGAACGAUUUGGUCAUACUGAUAGACCACGAUCGCAAGCCUGGGACGAAAUGGCUGGAGUUUGGAAGCCUCGAGUUGUAUGGAUCGACGAAGAUUCACUGGAGAGCGAUAAUGCAUCUGCAAUGCAAGUGAGUGAGGGUGUAUCCCAAUCACAGCGACUAAAAAAACACGAUCCAGAAAAACUCCUUGUUGGCUGGGGAGGGACGAUAUGGAUCAUAAAGGUGUCUCGCGGUGAUCAAUCAAAGGGUGUCGGGAAGAAGAGGAUUGCUUCUGCUGAGAUUACAACUAAACUACGAACAGAUUGUAUCAUAUCUGGUCUUUCGCUAUAUACCCAAAAUUUAUUACUUGUUUUGUCAUAUAUCAUCCCCGAAGAUGAUGAGCCUGGAACGCCCUCGAAGCAGGCUGGCCCUGCUCGUGGAAUUCGACGAAGACAGAAUGGCCUCCAACCAGAACUGCGCCUUAUAGAUAUCGAUACUGAGGAGGAGCUUAGCGGUGACAUCCUGACUGUUCGAAACUAUGAAAACCUUUCCGCAUCCGAUUACCAUCUUGACACCCUCCCACUGAGUCGGAUUGCUUCAACCACUCAACGAGGAGCCUUGGAAUCUAUCACAGCUGGGUUUAUUGAUGCUACACUUUAUCCCAAGCGGCUAUUUAGCUCCGGUACUAGCUCUCGCAGCAUGACUAGUAGCGCGGACAGAGGAUCUAGUUUCCAGGUGACUGGCAUAGUCGACUCUACGGGCUUGCUUCAUGGUGGGAAAUACAACAAAGAGAUCGAACUUGCUGCAACCCUAGGGGUCAGAGUCUUUGUUCAUAGCCCUUAUGAUUGUAUAAUUGCUGUCAAAAGAGGGUUCGAGGACCGGCUAGCAUGGCUUGAUUCCCAUGAACGUAGCUCGAAGCUGGAACAAGAGAAACGUCGAAUUGGCGAGUUAUGGCUAAAACAGCUAGUUGGCCAGGGAGAAUGGGAGAAAGCAGGGAAUAUUUGUAGUAAAGUUCUUCAGACUACUACAGCAUGGGAUCAUUGGAUCUGUGUUUUUGCACGGACAGGAAAAUUUGACGAAAUCACGCCUCAUGUGCCUAUUGACAUUGAUCCUCCAUUACCGUCGUUUGUAUACGAACUUAUUCUCGGCCACUAUGUCUCUCGUGACAGAGUCAGGUUUAAUGAGCUAAUAGAACUCUGGCCUCCGAGUCUUUUUGAGACCGAUAGCGUUACUGCAGCUAUACAAGACCAACUUGUCUCGACAGAAGAAGGAACUGAGGACUGGCGAAACCUCCUAAAUUGCCUUGCUAAGCUUUUCUUAGUUGGAGGACAUUAUCGUGAAGCUUUACGAUGCUAUAUACGACUUCAGGAUGGAGAUGCGGUUAUGAAUUUGAUACGAGAGUACCAUCUCCUCGACUCUGUUUCUGAGGAUAUACCUGGCUUUAUCUUACUUCGGGUACCUAAGAAUCGAAUUAAGUCUACCCCAGUCUCCGAGCUGGAGGAGGCCACCUCGGAACCUAUUAAGCUUCUCGUACGCGAGGCAGCUAACGGUAUCGUUCGCCCUGAAACUGUAGUAUCACAGCUACAGGAAGCAGAUCUUGGUAUUUUCCUAUAUUUCUACCUUCGUGCUCUCUGGAGAGGGGACUUUAUGACCAAAGAGGGAGGGAAGCCUGCCAUCAGAACUCGUGGGCACCACAGGACUGCGGCAGAGGCAGGAAAAUUAGUUGCAGAUGAAGGGAGAGUCUUGAUUGACGGUUUUGCGAAUACAGCCGUUGAACUUUUUGCCAGUUAUGAUCGUCCGCUACUCAUGGAAUUCUUGCAAUCUAGUACAUCGUACUCCUACGAUACUGCCUGUACGAUUUGUGAGAGCCGAAACUUUACACCAGAACUUAUUUACCUCCUGUCAAAAACUGGACAAACGAAACGGGCACUUCAGCUUAUCCUCUCUAGUUUGAAAGAUAUAUCCCACGCUAUCUCAUUUGCUAAGACCCAGGAUGAUCCUGACCUGUGGGAUGACUUGUUGUCAUACUCGAUGGACAAACCAGAGUAUAUACGCACAUUACUCACUGAGGCAAGCACAGCCAUUGACCCAAUAAAGCUUGUUAGGAAAAUACCGAGUGGGCUUGAGAUCGAAGGCUUAAGAGAAGGUCUUACCAGAAUGAUUCGAGAGCAUGAUAUUCAAGCCAGCAUUAGCCUGGGAGUCGCAAAAGUUUUAGCUGGGGAAGUAGCUAUUCGAAUGGAUGCCUUACGAAAAGCUCAACGACAAGGAAUGAAGUUUGAUAUUCGGCACGAUGAAGGAACUGCUGCAGAAGGUGCUGAUGACCAAGAUAAUGUGAUUCAAGCAGAGACAACCGGCGAGACUAUCGAAGAAAAACAAGAGAGAGUUACAAAGGCCAUUCCGCCAGGCAGAUGCGCAGGGUGCAAGAAAGCAUUUGUUGAGCAAGAAACCGAAACUAUCAUCGUCUUCGCGUGUGGUCACAUAUAUCAUCUAUCUCACCUCCAUGGUCAGCCAACACCUCAUGAACAGGAAGCACCACAAGAACAGCUUUUAUCUUCACCAAGACUUCAUCAUCAACCAUCCACUGUCCAAUCCUCAGCGCUCUCUCGCGCCGUCGGCCUCAAGGUCACGAAUGCUAGGCUUCUACGAGAUAAAAUUGGAAGUGGAUGCAAAAUAUGCGCCGAAUCACUCAACGACUCCUCACACUAA